CAUCCGGGCGCGUCUCUACAGCCUUCCAGCACCGCUUAGCAGCCGCGAAGAUGGCGACGAAGAGCUCCGGGAAGAAGUCCCUGAAGAGUCUGUUCUCCAGGAGCGACAGAGAAGAGAAGGACAAGGAGAAGGACAAGGAGAAGGAUGAGGACAAACCAGAGAAGAAGUUCAGGUUCCCGAGGUUCAGGAUGAAGCCGAGGAGCGGCUCCGAGCAGCAGAAGUCACCUGGAGAGAAGCAGCAGAUGCUCAGUGGCGGUGAAGCCAGUAAACCAGCAGAAGAUGGAGAGUUGUGGACGGACAGCAUCACUCCGGACACCAAACGAUCUUCUCUGUACGCCACCACCUCCAGAGCAAAGGGUAAAGAGUUCAGCUACUCUGAGUUGGAUCUCCGGAAGCCCAAAAAGUUCGCCACGUUUUCCUUCGGCUUCAGAAAGAAGAAGAAGAAAGAUGAGGAGAAUCUCUCCAGCAGCACUUUUGGCCUCCAUGGAGCCGGAAUCGAAGAGAAAGACGAGACACCUCUGGACCUCAGUCAGAUGAGGCUGGAUCAAACCAGCUCUAAGAGGUUCAGCAUGUCUCAGCCGGAGCUCGACAGCAGCAACACCUUCGACAUCCCGUCUCCUCCUCCGGUGGCCAAGAACCAGUCCCAAUCUGACCUGAGACAAGCCGUAAGAACCGACCACGACCAACCAGAACCUAAGGAGUCGGAUGAAACCCUCAGAGCUCCGAUCGCUUCCAUCCCUGAGCUGCAGCUCGACGAUUCAGGUUCUUCAGCCGCCUCCGCUAACGAUCUCAACACCCAGAAUGCACCUCAACGAGUCCAGGUCGACGUCUCGGAUCAGAAAGCUGCUUCCAGCGCUGAAGAAAUCCUGCAGGAAUCUGAUAAAAACCAGGAAUCCAGCAGUGUUUCUUCAUCACUUCUGAAACCUGAAGCUCAAAUCAACUUGGCAGAGACGAGUUUUAAACCCUCAGCAACGACUUCUGAGUCCAAAACCGACACCUUUGCUACAAAAUCAGCAUCUGCAGACUCUCCAGCUACGGCUUUGAGACCCUCAGUGGAGAAUUCUGAUUCCGAAAUCGACACCUUUGAUGCAGGAUCCACCUCUGCAGAUUCUCCAGCUACGAGUUUCAAACCCUCAGCGGUGACUUCUGAGUCUAAAACCAAUGUCUUUGAUGCAGGAUCCACCUCUGCAGAUUCUCCAGCUUCGACUUUUAAACUUUCAGCGACGACUUCUGAGUCCAAAACUGACGCCUUUGCUGCAGAAUCAACAUCUACAGACUCUCCAUCUCUGAAUUUUACAUCGUCACUGAUGAAUUCUGAUUCUAAAAAUAAUAUCUCUGCUCCAGAUUCUCCAGCUUUGAUUUUUAAACCUUCAGCGACAAGUCCUGACUCCAAAAACGACGUCUUUGCUCCAGACUCGACCUCCGUCCAUCAUGAAGUCUCAGCUUCCCAAACUGACCGUUCUGCUUCUGAAACCAUGAAAACCUCGUCUGAAAAUAAAGUUCCGGACGCGGUUUACGGAGCUCUGUACGACUCUCUGUUUCCUAAGAAUUUCACCUCCGAGGUCAUAAAUUCGCUCCUCAAACCUCAACCCCACAUCAUGUCUUCGUUCUCCAGAACUCCACCUCAAGUCCACACCGAGAUCCGACUCCUCGAAGCUGAGCUGGUCCGAACCAACACUUUCUCCUCUCCCAUGUCCACUCCAGGUAGUUUUGCUUCCAUUGAUGGCUCCAGAUUUACUUCCUACCAAACUAAUCCUGCAUGUUGGCUUCAGAAGAGCCCAGAAAUCCACCACAGAUCCCUCCGCUCCGCCCUGGAUUCAGGCUCUAAAGCUCCCAGCAGUGAUAAUGUUCCUUAUUCAGAGCUGAACUCCAGCGUCCUCAGGCCAAACUCUCCUGUUCCCGACUCUGUAACGUCCCCGGAGACGGACUCUCGGGUUUCAGACUCCAAACGCAGAGUCAUUCUAGUCAAAGAGUCGCUGGCGGACGAGGAAGCUGCCGCUGCUCCCGGCUCCUCGGCUAAAACGACCAAAAGUCUGGAGCUGAGGAUUAAAACCGGAGAACAGAUGGACGUGCUGGACGGACCUCUGAGCCCGGCGUACCUCAGCGUCUGCUCGGACGAAGGCAGCGCCGCAGAAAUCUACUACAGCGCCGAGGAGGACCACGUCAGCGAGGACGAGGAGAUGUUCACCGUGGAUGUGGAGACAGAAACUGAGAAGAAGAGGAGAGUCAUGUUUGUUAAAAUGAAAAGUGAGGAAGAAGAAAGAGGAGAUCCGUUGCAGGACUGGGGGACAUCUGAGAUUCUAAGAUGCAGAGAUGCAAAGACGUCCAGUUUGGAGGACAAAGACGAAGCGAAGGCUGCGGAGCUGCUUCCAGAUUCAGGAACAAAGAAGGUCAUGUUUGUUAAAAUGAAAAGCGAGGAGGACAAAAGCAAAACUGGUCAGAAGGAAGAAGUUCCAGAGCAGGAUCUGGGAACAUUUUUAAGAUGCAGUGAUGUAAAGAAACUGGAAAGCGAAGAUGCAAAAACGAUGGACAAAAGAGAGCUUCCAGAACCUGAGAAGAAGAGAGUUGUGUUCGUUAAAAUGAAAAAUGAGGAAGACAAAAUCGAAACUCAGCUGAGAAGUCAGAAGGUGGACUUACAGGUGCAGGAGGUGAAGAAAUCUGAGUGGAAGAAGGAAAACGAAGAUGCAAAGACAAAGUUCUCGGUGGAGAAAGAGACGAAGCCACUUCCAGAAACCGACAUGAAGAAGGUCGUGUUUGUUAAAAUGAGAAGCGAGGAAGAGAAAAGUGAAGAAGAGCAACAGAUUAGAGGUCAGAAACCAGAGAAAUCUGAGAUUCUAGAGGCCAGGGAUGCAAAGGAGAAAGAAAAUGAACAAAAAUUAGUUUUAGAAAGCAGGGAGGAGAUGGAUGUACUUCCAGAAACGCGGAUAAACACGGUUGGGAUUGUAAAAAUGCAACAAGAGGGAGACAAAAAUGAAAUGGAGCAACAGAUCAGAGGUCAGACGUCUGAAGUUUCACUGCAGGAUCUGGGAAAAUCUGAGUUUCUUGCAGGAAUUGAUGCAAAAAAGACAGAAAGCGAAGAAACUUCUGUGGUAAAAAGCAGGAAGAAGACAGAACUGCUUCCAGAAGCUUUGGUCAAGAGUGUUGUUAAAAUGGAAAAAGAGGAAGAUAAAAGUGAAAUACAGCUGCAGAAUCUGGGAAAAUCUCUUGCAGGAAGAGAGGAAACUGUUGCCAUAGGUAGCAAGAAGGAGAUGGAUGAGCUUCCAGAAACGAAGAUUAAGCAACAGAUUAAAGGUCAGAAAUCAGAGAAUUCAGUGCAGGAUUUGAGAAAACUUGAGUUUCUUGCAGGAAGAGAGGAAACUAGUGUGGUAGAAAGCAUGAAAGAGACAAAACUGCUUCCAGAAACAGAGAUAAAGACGAUUGAGUUUGUUCAAAAGGUGCACAAGGAAGAUAAAAAUGAAACACAGCAACAGAUUAGGGGUCAGAAAUCACAAAUACAGCUGCACAAAUCAGGAAAAUCUGAGUUUCUUUCCGUAAGAGAGGAAACUUUUGCGAUAGAAAGCAAGAAGGAGAUGGAUGAGCUUCCAGAAAUGGAGAUAAAGCAACAGAUUAGGGGUCAGAAAUCAGAAGUACAGCUGCAGAUUCUGGGAAAAUCUGAAUUUCUUGCAGGAAGAGAGGAAACUGUUGCCGUAGGUAGCAAGAAAGAGAAAAAGCUGCUUCCAGAAAUGGAGAUAAAGCAACAGAAAUCAGAGAAUUUAGUGCAGAAAGCAAGAAAAUCUGAGUUUGUUGCAGAAAUACAGGAAACUUUUGCGGUUGAAAAUGAGAAAGAGACAAAACUGCUUCCAGAAACGGAGAUAAAGCAACAAGUAGAAGGUCAGAAAUCAGAGAAUUCAGAUCCGAAUUUGGGAAAAUCUGAGUUUCUAGCAGGAAGAGAGGAAACUUUUGUGGUUGAAAGCAUGAAGGAGACAAAUCUGCUUCCAGAAACGGAGAUAAAGCAGCACAUUAUGGGUCAUAAAUCAGAAACACAGCUGCAGAUGUCAGGAAAAUCUGAGUUUGUUGCAGGAAGACAGAAAACUCUUGCAGUAAGUAACAAGAAAGAGACAAAACUGCAUCCAGAAAUGGAGAUAAAGCAACAGAAAUCAGAGAAUUUAGUGCAGAAAGCAGGUGAAUCUGAGUUUUUUGCACAACCACAGGAAGGUUUUGUAGUAGAAAUCAGGAAGGAGAUGAAGCUGCUUCCAGAAACGGAGAUAAAACAACAGAUAAACCUUCAUAAAUCAGAGAAUCCAGAGCAGAAAUCCGGAUUGUGUGAGUUUGUAGCAGCGGCAGGAGGCAGGAGGCAGGAGGAGUUACCGGCUCCACCGGUUCAACAGGUGAGCACUGAGCAGGUAUGCACCGAGGCUCCGCCCCCCAGGCCGGGGGAGGGUCCUCAGGUGGAAACCGAAGCCCACGCUAAUGGAGGGAAGCAGGAGGGACGAUUUGAGACCGACAGCAGCUCUGGAGGGUCUCAGGAAACCUCCAGAGGACCUGAAGUCACGGCAGGAGGAGAAGAAGGGCUGAGAUCAGAGAGGAAAACUGAAGGAAGAUCAGCAGGAAGCUCAGAAAACUGUCCAACAGCUCAGGAGGAACACGGCAGGAAUCCACAGAGCAGCAGGACGAAGCCGGAGGAGCAGCCGGCAGCGAACCCACGACAUCCUGAAGAGGUUCAACCAGCAGCUGGACGUUACAGGUCCCUUCAGACUCCACCAGUCUUUCCUCCAGUAGUCGAGCAGGAAUCGGAGGACAUCAUGAGUUUGGGCUACAGCAGCCUGAGCACCAAACUAUCCUUCAAAAGCUCGUCUCUUCCCAGAGAAGACGAAUCCAAGCAGCGCUUCCGGAAAGUUUCUCUGGUUGGCGACGGCGACGACACUCAGGACACGGUGGACUUCAAUAAAACCGAGUCUGAGCCGGAGUUCAGGUGGAAGAACAGAUUCCAGGGGGUGACUCAGUUCAGAGUCAACAGAGACGAGGAUUUCUCUGGUCCACCUGAGGCACUGCAACACCUGAGCUCCUCCUCCUACUCCUCCUCCUCUGCAGAGCAACAUGUGACCCAGAGCCAGGAGAGGAGGAGCUCUGAAGGCCGGGAGGAGCCAGCAGGUGAAACAGGAGCUCCCAUAGAAGCAGCAGCUCAGAGGAUCAGCGACCGACUGGAGACGCAGCAGCUUCCAGAGGAGCCUGAAUUCAGCGGAGUGUUCAAGGCCAUGCUGGUGGAGCUGGUCUCUGAUCCUGCUGCUCCCCCCUCCACUCCCUCGGCCUCCCCCGAAGGACAACAACAACAAGAAGAGGGAGAGUCCCCCAUCCAGAGCGACAUGGACAGCCUGGUGGACACCCUGAGGAGCAUGGGACCCUCCAUGAGGCCGAGGACCACCAACCUCAUCCGGCUGGCCCCCCCUCAGCUCAUGUCCUCGCUGCCCCCCAUCGUGGAAGACGCUACGAGUCCCGUCAGCGGCGACGCUCCUGACGGGAAGAAGAUCCCAAACGGACUGUACACCCUGCCGGCUGACCUGGGACUCCGAGCCCCCAGAGACUCCAGGUCUCCUCUGGAGCUCAUGAAGCAGAGCCAGGACCAGCAGCUGCCUGGAUCCAGAGGUCUGAACCUUCCUCUGAGAGGAUCGACCACCAACACUCUGGUACUGAGGAAACCUUCUGACUCGUCUCAUGAGGAUUUACAGUCGGCCAUGUUGAAUGGGAACGGAGCUCUUCCGUCGUCUCGCCUCGACAACAGCGUCCUCUUUGGCAGCUACAGAUCUUCCUCCAUCGAUCAGACACUGGAGAAUGGAAAAGCCCAUCGUCCGAUCUUCCGCACCAGCUCCCUGCCAGAAACCAGCCUCUCCAACGACCGCAUUAGCGUCGGCUCCAAGGACCUCGGCGACCCAGCAGGGACUCGCUUUGAGAGGUUGGCCUUCCUGGUGAACUCCUUGUCCCCCCAGUCGGGCUCCCUGACCGGAGCUGAAGAUGGAGGUCGGAUGAGCAGACCUCCAUCGCUGGGCAUCGGCUCUCCGCCCCACAGCAACAGUCCGACCCGCCUCCUCAGCCCCACCAGCUCCAUUGACCUCCACAGGGCCUUCGGCGUCCAGGACUCGCCGCUGUCCCUGACCACUCCCAUCCCGCAGAGGAGCUUCAGCAGCGACGGCCCACCGGGGGUCCAGACCUCGCUGUUCAGCAACGUUCACGGAGGGUCUCAGUUGCAGAGCCAAGAACCGGAACCGGACAGGAACUUAGUGUCAAAAUACAGAGCGUUCCCCGACGCCUAUCUCACCAAAGAGAAGGAACACGGGAAGCUCAACCCUCGACCUGGAAAGAUGUACAUAUUCGACCGGCCGGGGAUGUGCGGUCAGAGGAUCGAGGUCGGAGGUGACGUGGUCGAUGCGACGCCGUGGGAACUGCAGGAAACCAUCUCCAUCAGGGUGGUCAGAGGAGGCUGGGUUCUGUACGAGAAACCAAACUUUAAAGGGGAGAAAAUCGCUCUGGACGAAGGCGACAUCGAGCUGACGUAUCCCUACAACCUUCCUGAGGAGGAGCUGCAGAACGGACAGAAGGAAGGUGGACAACCCAGUGGACAACCCAGUGGACAACCCAACGGAGAACCUAAUGGAGAAGCAAAGGACGAGCAGACGGAGGCGAAGCCGGCCAGGAGGUUCAUCAUCGGAUCGAUACGACGAGCUGUCAGGGACUACAGCGUCCCAGAAAUCAGUCUUUUCCCAGAGGAGAACGCUGAGGGGAAGAAGGUGAUCUUCAGGGACACUUCUGAGGACGCCAGGAUCUUCGGUUUCCCCAUCAAGGCCAACUCCAUCAUCAUCAACGCCGGACUGUGGCUGGUCUACGCUCAGCCUUUCUUCCAGGGCGUCCCUCGGAUCCUGGAGGUGGGCGGCUACACCAACCCAGCAGCCUGGGGGGUGGAACAGCCCUAUGUGGCGUCUCUGCACCCACUCAAAGUAGGUGAACCAAGAGUGGAAAAUCUGAGCGAAUCAAAGAUUGUGAUCUAUGACAAGCCGUACUUCAGCGGUAAAUCCAGAACCAUCAGCACCAACAUGAGGGACUUCAUGACCAGAACAGACCGGCAGCAGACGGCCUUCAUGUACAGCGUUGGUUCCCUAAAGGUCCUGGGAGGGAUCUGGGUGGGCUACGAGAAGGAGGGUUUCCGUGGCAACCAGUACCUGCUGGAGGAGGGCGAGUACCACGACUGGAGGGUCUGGGGAGGAAUCGAUGCCGAGCUGAGGUCCGUCCGGCUGAUCCGAGCGGACUUGUCUGACCCCCUGCUGGUGAUGUUCGAGCAGCCAGAGGAGCAGCAGGAUGGAGUUCAGGACGAGAACACCUUCGAGGUGACCGAGGCCAUCCCAGAUGUGGAGCUGUUCGGCUACAAGACCUCCACCAGGUCCAUCCACGUCCUCAGUGGGGCGUGGAUCGCCUACUCCCACGUGGACUUCUCUGGGAACCAGUACAUCCUGGAGAAGGGCGUCUACAAUAACUGUGCUGACUGGGGAUCUGUGGACUCCCGGAUCUGCUCGGUUCAGCCCAUUUUACUGGCUCCAAAUGACAGCUCAAAGACCAGGAAUGAGAUAAUCCUUUACUCAGAGCCGGACUUCGAGGGUCAGUGUCACGUCAUGGACCGGAACCAGGAGGCAGUUUCAGAAAAAGUCCUGACCAAGUCGUGCCGAGUGUUGGGAGGAAGCUGGGUUCUCUAUGAUAACAAGCAGUUCUCUGGGAACAUGUACGUCUUAUCUGAAGGAGAUUAUCCCAGCCUGAGCAGCAUGGGCUGCCCCAUGGGCUGCACCAUCCGAUCCAUCAAAGUGAUCCCCAUGAUGUUCUGUCUUCCCUCCAUCUCCCUGUUCGGUCUCGAGUGUCUGGAAGGAAGAGAAAUCACCACCGAGACCGAGAUCGUCAGCCUGGUGGAGGAAGGUUUCAACAACCACAUCCUGUCUGUCAAAGUCAACAGCGGCUGUUGGGUGAUAUGUGAACACAGUAACUACAGGGGGCGCCAGUUCCUCCUGGAACCCAUCGAAAUCACCAACUGGCCCAAGUUUAGCUCCAUGCAGACCAUCGGCUCCAUGUACCCCAUCAGACAGAAACAUCGCCUUUUCCGUGUGAAGAACAAAGAGCGAGGUCACUUCCUGUCCGUCCAGGGCGGCGUGGAGGAGAUGAAGUCUGGUCGAGUCGUCGUGACGCCGGAGGUGGAACCGAUGAGCGACGUCUGGUUCUAUCAGGACGGACUCAUUAAGAGCAAGCUCUCUCCAACCAUGAGCCUCCAGGUGGUCGGGAACGUGGAACCGGGAGCGAAGGUGGUUCUGUGGACGGAAACCCGGCAGCCGGUCCAGAUGUGGACGGCUCAGACCAGAGGACUCAUCAGCAGCCUGACCUUCCCCGGAGUCGUCCUGGACGUGAAAGGUGGUAAGAGCUACGAUAAGGACCAUGUGGUGGUUUUACCCGAGGAUGAGGAGAGACCGAGUCAGCAGUGGGAGAUCGAGCUGCUGUAGACGGAAACACCAGCAGCUCUGCCUCAUUAUGGGAUGGAUUUCUGGACUGUAGCUAACAAGAACACAACGAAGCGAUACGAACUCUGGAUAAAAAAUAGUUAGUUUGUCUUUUCUCGUUUCUGUAAAAAGUGCCUCAGUCUGAGUUUCUAUUGUGGAUCCUGAGGAGCAGCAGAACGUCGAGCUGCAUCCCAGGUUCUGGUUGGACCUCCUCCACGACUCUGACCUUCACCUGAGGUUCUGGUUGGACCUCCUCCACGACUCUGAGGUUCUGGUUGGAUCUCCUCCACGACUCUGAGGUUCUGGUUGGACCUCCUCCACGGCUCUGACCUUCACCUGAGGUUCUGGUUGGACCUCCUCCACGACUCUGACCUUCACCUGAGGUUCUGGUUGGACCUCCUCCACGACUCUGACCUUCACCUGAGGUUCUGGUUGGACCUCCUCCACGACUCUGACCUUCACCUGAGGUUCUGGUUGGAC